CUUUGCGUGCGUGUACACUCCGUGCCAUUUGAUAUGAGCACACUUCGGUACCGCAAUACCGGAGAUGAACUGGCUCGGAUGCUUCUGGCAUUUGCGUCGGUGCGCUGCAAGCUCCGCUGGCACUAUACCUCCUUCCGGGUGCCGUGAUCUAGAAAUCCACUAGUCGUCAUUUCAAGCCGAGACCGGCGUGUGGUAAGUACCAAACAUUGAAAUUCACCCAAAAUAUGGUGUCGAAGCCAAUCCUGAGCUCGCGACCUUCACGAACACUGUUCACUACUAAAGAUAGUGUCCAUUUCCAAUUUGCUCCCGGGUCGAACAGAUCAUCUAAAUAUGCCUGCAGCGAGCUACUUUAUGGGCAGGUGCAUUCGAUCUCAAAUGUAACCGAC